UGAUGGACGCCGAUGCUUUUACAUCAACAGAGGAUCUGCUGCUUUCUGCAGCUGUUGGACUGUGACACUGGGCAGAGAAGAGCACUUCAGUCUCCUACAGAUUGUUAUGGAAUAUGACAGGUCAUAGAAACACGUGUGGAUUCACAAAGACGUCUGAAACACGGAGCCCCGGGGAGAGGGACUGCAGUGUCUUGUGUGAACCAAUCUCUCGCUGACCACUUGUAUACAGAUGACCAGUCAUGGCCACAGCAUCAGACUCAGCGGAAGAUUCAGUCGAUGAAGUUGUGUCUAAACACACUUCGAGGAUAACGCUGUCUAUUGUCCUGGUGACCAUCAUUAUAAUGACCGCACUUGGUAAUUUGCUUGUGAUGGUGGCACUCUGUAAAGACAGACAGCUAAGGAAGAAGAAGACCAACUUCUUCAUUGUAUCGCUGGCAUUUGCAGACCUUCUAGUUGCCCUGGUUGUGAUGCCACUGGCAGCCAUAGAGUUAACCACAGGGAAGUGGAAUUAUGGAGAGACGUUCUGCCUGGUGCGAACCUCACUGGAUGUGCUGCUGACCACUGCGUCCAUUCUGCAUCUGUGCUGCAUUGCUCUGGACAGGUACUAUGCGAUUUGCUGUCAGCCUCUGGUGUAUAAUAACAAGAUGACACCUGUGAGAGUCUCGCUGAUGCUGGUCGGAUGUUGGGUCAUCCCGUUUUUCAUCUCUUUCCUUCCCAUCAUGCAGAGCUGGAAUACCAUUGGAAUCGAGAGCUUUAUCGAACAAAGAAAACUGAACUCAUCUCGUAACUCCACCUGUGUAUUCAUGGUGAACCAGCCAUAUGCUCUGGUGUGUUCAGCUGUGGCUUUCUAUGUGCCUCUAGUUUUAAUGGUUCUGGCCUAUCAGCGGAUCUAUGUAACCGCCAUGGGACACGCUCGGCGAAUCGGCUCUCUCCAUCGGGCUGGUUCGGCUCCUACUUCCACUUACCCCAACAAUGACCAGCACGGUUCCAGUCGCAUCAAGAAUGAGACCAAAGCAGCUAAGACUCUGGCUGUGAUCAUGGGCUGCUUCUGCCUGUGCUGGGCUCCCUUCUUUGUCACCAACGUGGUGGAUCCUUUCAUCAACUACAGCGUGCCCUGGCAGAUGUGGACCGCUUGGCUCUGGUUGGGUUACAUCAACUCGGGCUUGAAUCCGUUCCUGUAUGCUUUUCUGAACCGGGCUUUUCGCAGAGCCUUCCUCAUGAUCCUGUGCUGUGGAGAUGAGCGUUAUGCCCGGCAGGGGGGCUUUAGCCCAAGCAGACAGUGCUCCGAGUCUGUCAACGGGACCUCCAUUUCUCUCAGAUUGUCAUUUCUUCAAAGCCGAAGGUACAGCGACAAUUCCAACCGGUUUCUGUCAUGCGAGCUGGAAUCACAGGAGUCUGCCAUUGCAUCAUAGCCAAGAGCUCAAACGUAUACAGAUGCAGCUCAACAGUCCAAAUAUGUUGAAUUAGGACACUGUUGCAAUUUCUGUUUAGAUGGGUAUUCACUGUCAUUGAUAAAAAAAAAAAGACUAUUUUGCAGAAUUCCUAGACUACAGUAUGUACGGUUGAUGUUAGCAUGCAGGCAUUUUAUUAGACAGCCUAAAAUCAUCAAAACACACACAUAAGGGUUGCAUCCGAAAUCAGAUACUUCACACACACAAAAAAACUGUAUAUGACAAACAUAUGUCUAAAUUUAAGGUAGUCAUAAAAGACAAAAGCACCAAGAUAAUCUAUUUAGGAGCAAGACACUGAAUUGUCAAUAUUUUUAACUAUUUACUAUCCCAUGAGGCCACAGGAGAACAUUUGUGAUUGAAAGCAGCAUCACUUCACAAAGCAUCAAAACAUUUGCUAAUUUUUUGUUCACCAACAUGAUUUCAGUAAACUGGUUUUCGUUACCUCUCAUGUUUCGAAACAGAUCUCCGCCGAUCUGAGUAAAGCCUGGCUCAAACUGCGUUUUUUUUUUUUUAAUAAUCCUAAAUGGAAAUUUACUCCUAAAUCAGAGGGAAAAUCUAGAGCGGCUGUCUAGAAACAUGUCAAAUUGACAAUCAAAGAUCACAGAUUUUAGUCCAGGAUUUCCCAAAUUUGUCUCAGAUGACCAAAUCGUGGCUAAAAUCUCACAGUGUGAGCAGGGCUUAAGACCAUUAAAUCUACAUGAAUCGUGUGGAGACUCUUAGAUCUGCCCCUAGUGGUGGAUCACUGAACAGGUAUCAUUAUUUUUAUGUGUUUUAAGUUUGUAGAUGUUUUAGUGCGGCAUUUAUAGAAUGAUAAAGAAUAUUACUUAAAGCCCACCAUGAAACAAACAACGUAUAAGCCUCGAAAAUGUAGAAAAGGAAAAGGUCCCCUAUUAAGCAGACACAAAAUAUGUAUUACAUAAUUCAAGUGCAUAAGUUCAUUCAUUCAUUUUCUUUUGGUUUAGUCUUUAUUUCAGAGGUCGCCACAGCAGAAUGAACUGGCAACUAUUCUGACAUAUGUUUUAGACAUCGAAUACCCUUUUAGCUGUAACCCAGUACUGGGAAACACCCAUAUACUCUCAUUCACUCACACACACACACACACACUUAUUCAGAAAUACUACAGUAAUUUAUAUUAAAAACUAGUGUUUCUGAACUAUACUAUUGUAAACAUACCAUACUAUAGUAUACUUUAGUUUUUACUAGUAAACAGUGAUUUAAUGUAAUGUAAUAUGCCCUGUAGUUGUAAAAAAAAAAAAAACAAUAUAGUCAUUUAUAUAUAUUGCUACAGUUGUAUUAAUUGAACAAUACAGGAUUACCACAAAAGAUUAAUUCAAGUUCUUUACUAUAGUGUUUUUCAUAAGGGUCCUUUUUAUUUUCAUCAGUUUCCACCUCAAAUAGCUCUGAUUUUUUUUAUAUAAUAUGUAACUCAUGAAACACACUUAGUCUGAUCUUUUACUCCUGUAAUUGUAAAAAAUUGUAGGAAAUUGAGGUUCACUAAUUUCAGUUUCCUCUUCUUUUUUUUCAACAUUUGUAAAACAAUAAGCCCUACUUCAUAAACAUGUGCCGAUUUAAGAAAGUAUGAGAUUUCGGACGCAGCCAAUAUGUGUCAAAAAACGGGAAAGUUUGAAACCGACUUUGGUUUUUAGAUGCUAUAUGUGCUUGUCAGCUGCUUCAGUAAAUGUAACUGUUCUCAUAUUAGUUGGAAGGAACAAGUCUGCUUCAGCUGUAACAGUGACAAAUAUAUACUGCUCAGUGGACAGUGGAAUACAGACUGUCCUUUUAGCAUGUUGUUAUUCUUUCCUCCAGUGAAGCUCAUUUUCUGACUAAGGAGCUGAUACUCCCUCUUUACUCAAUGUAUUUAUGUUGUACCUGUACAGUUUUGACUUCUGUGAAAAGAAGUAGUGGCUUGUCACUGUGUGACAUUUGUACUUUUAUCAUAUCGCUGUAUAAUCAAACUGAAUUUAAAAUGUACAGACGAUAAAUCUGUUAGACCAAAACUGUUUCUUGAAACUACAUUGUUACUCCAUAAACUGCAUCUGUUCGGCAGUUCUCAUCCAUUGCAUAAAAGCGUCUGUUUGAUUG